ACAAUUACAGAAAAUGACUGGCAUGGGCCCUAUCUUCAUUUCUUCAAAGCACACCUUAGAUUUGUCAAACAAACUUUAGCAAAGGCCCGGGGCUGACAACAAACAAAUGGCAAUUCAGGAAAGAAAAACUUAAACAGGGAUCCAGGAUAUCACAGCCCAUUAUAUCCAAUGGGCUUGGCAGGAGCCCUGCUAAAAUCUCAGCUUGUCAUUGUGGCCUGGGGCCAGGCAAACUCUUCCCAGGGGCAGGACCCUCUGAUCAUGUCCACCCUGACCAGAGUCCAAGCCCCAGGCCCCUUCAACCUUCUCCGGGGCCCUGCAGGGAGCAGAAAACCAUUUCCUAUACACCCGUCCCUUCAUUCACACGAAGCCAUGAAGCUCGUGUUCAUCUCUGUAGAUCCUGCCCCAUGUGGCAGAAUGACAGCAUGGGCGAGCAGCCUGAAUCUUCAUUGUCUGGAAGCAAAGGCCCAUUCAUGAAUUUCAUCCCCAUGUCUAGCACAGCAAAAAGUAUCACUGAAGUUCAAGUUCCAUUUUUUUUCUAACCUUUUGCAGAUCCUAGACCCAAAGGCUCAAGGUAAGAGUGUCUGGGCUUCCUCACCCCCAACAGCCUCUCUAGGGGAGAGCCGUUCCCAAGCCCACUCCAAGUGUGGGGACCUGCCUUGAAAUGGAGGGUCAAGGAGGAGCAUCAGGCACCCUCUAUCUCCUCCCGCCAGACAAAACAAAGGAGCCACAGCUUUUCCUUUGCUGCAAGAAACAUUCUGGGACUUUUUUUUUCCUCUCUUGUCCAGUUAUUUUCCUCAGGGUAAAUCCCCUAGGAAUAGAAUUAUUAAAGCAAAAGAUAGGCCUGUGGUGUAGGCUUUUGAUCCACAGUGCCAAAUUGCUUUCUGAUAAGCUGCAUAUUGUGGAUUAUUCUUGCCUUUUCUGCCCCUCAGCUCCCUGAUAAACCAUUUGGGAUGAAUCAGCCACCAGACCAGAUAAACAAGCCAGCCUGUUACUGUUGCUGUUUUCUGCAAGACGGAAGAGAACACCCUUGGAUCCCGCCCAGAACCUGGAAUUCCAGAGCACCCAGGCCAGAGCACCUUUGUACCCCUGAUCCCCACCGGCUCAGGUUCCGCCCGCCCCCUUCUCCCCGCCCCAUGCUUGAGUGGAGCGGGUGGAGCCAGCUGCCAGGGCGCCAAGACUCCCAGCCCUCCCUCUGUGCACGGCAGAGUGGAGACCAAGGGAGGGCUCUGUGCCGGCCCCGAUGAGGACGCUGCUGACCAUCCUGGCUGUGGGAUCCCUGGCCGCUCAUGCUCCUGAGGACCUCUCAGAUCUGCUCCAGAACGUGAAAUUCCAGUCCAGCAACUUUGAAAACAUCCUGACUUGGGAGAGCGGGCCAGAGGGUACCCCAGACACGGUCUACAGCAUCGAGUAUAAGACGUACGGAGAGAGGGACUGGGUGGCAAAGAAGGGUUGCCAGCGGAUCACCCGGAAGUCCUGCAACUUGACGGUGGAGACGGGCAACUUCACGGAACUCUACUAUGCCAGGGUCACCGCCGUCAGCGCGGGAGGCCGGACAGCCACCAAGAUGACCGACAGGUUCAGCGCUCUGCAACACACUACCCUCAAACCACCUGAUGUGACCUGUAUCCCCAAGGUGAGAUCAAUCCAGAUGAUUGUUCAUCCUACCCCCACGCCCAUCCAUGCAGGGGAUGGCCACCGGCUAACCCUGGAAGAAAUCUUCCAAGACCUGUCCUACCGCCUAGAGCUCCAAGUCAACCACACCUACCAAAUGCGCCUUGAAGGGAGGCAGAGAGAGUAUGAGUUCUUCGGCCUGACGCCUGACACAGAGUUCCUUGGCACCAUCACCGUCUUUGUUACCACCUGGUUCAAGGAGAGUGCCCCCUACGUGUGCCGAGUGAAGACACUCCCAGACCGGACAUGGACCUACUCCUUCUCUGGAGCCUUCCUGUUCUCCAUGGGCUUUCUUGUUGCAGUGCUCUGCUACCUGAGCUACAGAUAUGUCACCAAGCCACCUGCACCUCCCAACUCCCUGAACGUCCAGCGAGUCCUGACUUUCCAGCCGCUGCGCUUCAUCCAGGAGCACGUCCUGAUCCCUGUCUUCGACCUCAGUGGCCCCAGCAGUCUGGCCCAGCCUGUCCAGUACUCCCAGAUCAGGGUGUCUGGGCCCAGGGAGCCCGCAGGAGCUCCACAGCGGCACAGCCUGCCUGAGACCACCUACUUAGGACAGCCGGACAUCAUCCUCCAGCCCUCCAACAUGCCACCUCCCCAGAUAUUCUCCCCACUGCCCUAUGCCCCAAACACUGCCCCUGAGGUUGGGCCUCCAUCCUAUGCACCUCAGGUGACCCCCGAAGCUCAACCCCUAUUCUACACCCCACAUGCCAUCUCUAAGGUCCAGCCUCCCUCCUAUGCCCCUCAGGCCACUCCGGACAGCUGGCCUCCCUCCUAUGGGGUAUGCAUGGAAGGUUCUGGCAAAGACUCCUCCGCUGUGACACUUUCUAGUCCUAAACAACUUAGGCCUAAAGAUCAGCUGCAGAAAGAGGCACCAGCUGGAAUCUGCCUGCCAGGCCGCCUUUCUCUGCAGGAAGUGACCUCCCUGGCUAUGGAGGAAUCCCAAGAAGCAAAAUCAUUGCACCAGCCCCUGGGGGUUUGCACAGACAGAACAUCUGACCCAAAUGUGCUACACAGUGGGGAGGAAGAGACACCACAGUACCUAAAGGGCCAGCUCCCCCUCCUCUCCUCAGUCCAGAUCGAGGGACACCCCAUGUCCCUCCCUUUGCAUCCUCCUUCCCGCCCCUGUUCCCCCUCCGACCAGGGUCCAAGUCCCUGGGACCUGCUGGAGUCCCUUGUGUGUCCCAGGGAUGAAGCCAAGAGCCCAGUCCCUGAGACUGCAGACCUGGAGCAGCCCACAGAGCUGGAUGCUCUUUUCAGAGGCCUGGCCCUCACCGUGCAGUGGGAACCCUAAGGGGAACGGGAAAGGCCUGGGGCUUCCUCCUUGUCCUUGCCCAGCGUCACAUCUUUGGCUGUCAAUCCCAUGCCUAACCAUGCUGCAUACUUUGCGUCCCAGCCCCAAACGGGUACUCUUGAGAGAAGCAGAGGGCAUGGCCUGCAGGGCCCCUGCCAUGGGUGAGCCCCCCACUGGAGCAAAGCAACCUGAUAAGGACUGCAGCAGAGAAGCCCUGGGGAGCCGUCUAUGUAGACAAGCGUGUGCUAGCUGAGCCCUGCAGGGCAGAAAUGACAGAGACCAAGGAGGAAAUGCAGGAAAACCCCCGAGAUCCAGGGCCCCACCUUCUAACAUCCUGGAUUCAGAGUUCUCAGGGAAUCUGCCUCUCCUCUCCCUAUUCCUGACCAGUUUCACAGCUAGCUUGACAGAGUGUGAGGCCCCUGCCUCUUCUGUGAUUGCUCAAAGGUGAGAAGAGAGCCUGGAAAAGGACACCUCGCAGGAGGCUGGGCAGAACCAGAACAACCUGCACUUCUGCCAAGGCCAGAGCCAGCAGGACGGCAAGACUCUAGGGAGGGGUGCAGCCUGGGGCUCAUUCCCAGCCAGGGCAGCUGCCGAUGUUGCACUAUUCCUCUGCUAGAAAGAGGCAAAAUGAAGGUCCACCAGGGAGGGAGACACACAAGGCUUUUCUGCAGGCAGGAAUUUCAGUCCCUAUCCUGAUGAUGGGGUUUAAAAGGAAGGUAAGGACUGCGUCCCCUGAACAGGUACACUAACACACUGUACUAACAGCACAGCUUUGGAAACUCUGCCUGGGUUCAGCCCAUCUGGGCUCAAAUUCCAGCCUCACCACUUACAAGCGGUGUGACGUCAAACAAAUGAAUCAAUGCCCAGAGCCCUGGUUUCCUCAUCUGUAACAUGGGGAUCAUAACACCUACCUCACCGGGUUGUGGCGAAGAUGAGAUUAAGUCGUCAUUAAAGUGCUUAGUAGUGCUGGUACAUGGGCCGUGCCCAAUAAAUGGUAGCUAUUU